AUCCCUAGCAAAACCCUUUUCUCUCCCCGCUUCACUCUCUUGUCUUUUCCCUUUCCCUCUUUCAUUUCUUCCUAUAUCUCUUGUCUCCUUCAUCUUCUCUCUCUCUCUCUCUCUCUUUCUCUUUCUCUUUAUAUACCUAUAUUUAUAGACACACAUCAUCUAUUAAUUCCUUUGAUCUUGUUUUUGGCUAUGGCUUCGGCGAACGUGAACGGUGUGGCGCCGUUUCUGAGCAAGACGUACGACAUGGUGGAUGACUCGUCCACUGACUCGGUUGUUUCGUGGAGCGAUAACAGCAACAGCUUCGUCGUCUGGAACGUUCCCGAAUUCGCAAGCCGAAUCUUGCCCAAAUACUUCAAGCACAACAAUUUCUCCAGCUUCGUCAGGCAGCUUAACACAUACGGCUUUAGAAAAGUUGACCCUGACCGCUGGGAAUUUGCAAAUGAAGGAUUUUUAAAGGGACAAAAGCAACUUUUAAAGAGUAUUAGUAGGCGGAAAACUUCUCAUGUAAAUGGCAGUACUCAGCAACCAUCUCAGGUGCAGAACACACCUGUUGGUGGGGCUUGUGUUGAAGUUGGGAAGUUUGGGAUUGAGGAAGAGAUUGAAAGACUGAAAAGGGAUAAGAAUGUUCUUAUGCAGGAACUUGUUAGGUUAAGACAGCAGCAGCAAACAACUGAUAACCAGUUGCAAACUGUUGGGCAACGAGUUCAGGUAAUGGAGCAGCGACAACAACAGAUGAUGUCAUUCCUGGCAAAAGCCAUGCAUAGUCCUGGCUUCUUGGCUCAAUUUGUACAACAGAAUGAAAGUAAUAGACACAUCACUGGAGUAAAUAAAAAGAGGAGGCUCCACAGGCAGGAUGAAGAUAGUUUAGCCAACAAGCAUCUCCAUAAUUCUCUUGAUGGUCGUGUUGUCAAGUAUCAGCCUUCUAUAAAUGAGGCAGCAAAAUCAUUGUUAUGCCAGAUUUUGCAAAUGAACAACUCUACGAGGAUGGACUCAUCAAUUAAGAGCCCGGAUGCAUUCCUUAUUGACGAUGUUCCUACUGCCAUUCCUUUAGAUAGCAGUAGUUCAUCCACUCGAGUAUCUGGUGUUACCCUUUCCGAGGUUCCACAUCCACAAACUUCUGGACAGUCAUAUGUGCCUAUAGAACCACAAUUUCCCGGCAGUCGAAUGACCAGUAGCAGAUCUGAGGUUCAAUCUUCACCAGCAGUGUUUCCUGACUGUGUCAAAGCAGCUGAAUUUCCAGAAUUAAAUGCUCAGAAAUGCCAAGACAGUGUUUUAGAUUUUGGUAAAGUCCAAGGGAUUGGAACUGAAAGCAGCUUCAUGAAUCCUGAUCUCAGUUUUGUGGGGUCUGACACUGCCAAUAUGGAGGAUCUAGAAAUGAUCUCGACUGUUUUGGAUGGAACAGAGUCUAUUGAAGCUAAUGCUUUUUCACCUGAUGCAGAUGGAGUUUCUAAGCUUCCUGGAAUUGGUGAUGAAUUCUGGGAACUGUUUUUAAGGCCAAGUCCUCUCACUGGAGAUACAGAUGAAGUGAAGUGUAACUCUUUGGGAUGUGAUUUUACUGGUGACCAGGAAUUGUCAUCAGAAAAGGAGAUUCAACAGGAAAAUGCUGCUGAUAAAAAACAGCAUAUGGACCAUCUUACCCAACAGAUGGGUCUUCUUGCUUCAAAGUCUUAAACUCUGUAUAUAUGUUUCUUGCAACUGAAGUUGUAGCGAUGGAGAUAUACAUGCUGAUUAGGACUGUCCAUAAUAACAUCUGACUCUGUUUGUAAAUAUAUAUUUAUGAAGAGAACUUACUUGUAUAGAUGUACUUUCGUGUUAUGUUAAGAAGAUGAGGAAGGAAGUGAGGGGGAGUGAGCUUGCUUGAUCUCUUUUUUUUUUUUGUUUUGAUGUAUAAAUGGUAUGUUUUGCACUUUUUAAGUCAUUUGAUCCAUAUAGCCGUCUCCAAGUAUGGAGUGAUAAGGCUUAGUUAUUUUAUAAACUGUAUACUUUCUUCCUCAUUUCUUAAUACUAUUCACAUAGUCACAUGCGUUGAUUUUUUACAUUGUUAUAUUUCUAGGGUCUUCUUGAGUCCCCCAGAAGAAAGAUUAGUUAGGGACGAGAGAAUUUAAAGUCAGCUAGAGUCUCUAAAUUUUAUUUUCCAAUACUC